AUGCGAGCCGCACGGCGUGACGCUUCAUCGUGCUGUUCGAAAUUGUCACUCAAAUCUCAAGCUCUCCUGAACGUGGUCCAGCCACAGCCACAUGCCCCGCACACCGCAGCACAACUUGGCAUCGGUCAUCGUCGACCAUCUCCAGGAUUGUGUGGUCGUAACCUUCAAGCCUCAUUCCGUUAUCAUGAACGACGUCAAACAAGAUCGCCACAUCUUUCGGCUGGAAUUCCUCAUGCUUUCAUCGCAGGUUCCGCAUCCAGAUUCGGCGAGCGCUUCCUCGGACUGCAAACACACCCUUGAUGAGCCUAAUGUUAUUUGUGUGAAUGAGCCUGUAUUCUGUGGGGAUCGCAUCGUUGUCCCCUAUCAAAAACCGCACACAAUUCGUGGCACCUCUCUGUGUGUGUACUCAAGUGAUAGAUUGGAGGAAAGGACAGGCAAAGAGUGUAAGUCCUAUCUACUCUUGAACACUGCCGGUCAGCAUUCUCAGUAUCUUUUAGGCCAACAACUUGCAGCUACGCGGAUAUCUACUGGUAGCUCAAUUUAUUUUUAUUUUUUAUUUUUAUUCCAAUUUCUGUCCAUUGGGGUAAAGCUGUAGCAACUGUCUCGAAGAGCCCAUCGAUGGUGCCACUGAUCAAAAUGCAGGGUCCAUGCACACGUCGAAGUGGGUGGCAUGGCAGUGCCUUGGGGGACCCUGUUCAAAAUGAUGUCUACACUUUAUAAAAUAUCUUUGUAGUAGCACGCAUGUAAUAGCAAAGAUCUUGCUUCAAUGGAUCAUGGUG